UGCUAAGCUCAGCUCAGUGCUGGAAUGCCUUGCUAGGUGCGAAGUUUCGAAGAACAGCUUAAAUGGGGCUUACUGUUUAAAUUAUUUAAGUAAAGUAAUUUACCUAUUUCAAAUCAGAGAGUAAUUUGCAGAUUAACCUAUCAAAAUGGAUAAUUUCGUUCCAGUUCCAACGAAAGCAUCGUUGUUGAAAAAAUGCAGCGAAGAAAAUGAAUUUAAAUUGGUUGUUUUUGAACCCGUUAAGGCAAAAAAGAAUAAACUUGAAAAACCAAAAUCUUUUCCGCUGCCAUCUGAAGUUCAAGACAAAGAAAGUGGUACAGAAAGUGAACCAGAUAUUGCCGACAUUUUCUCCGAUGCAUACAGACGAAAGCGCAAACCCCGGGAAGACCCUCGCACGUUCGACAUUAGUCGAGCUCGCAAGGAGGUCAUCAAUUUCGGCAUAUCCGGUUUAGAUAAGGAAACCAAGCACGAAGCCAGAGUAGCGCUGGCAAUCAAACUCGGAGCGAAACCUCCGAAAAACGUGUACCGAAACUACAAGGAGAUUCUCGCAGAUCGCAAACGCGAAAAAGAGGACAGCGAACGCGCUAGUCGCCGCCGGAAAGGACAAAGUUUUGGAGCGGCCAAAUCAUUUCAGCAGCAUCAACUGCGGGCCCGCCAGAAGGCAGCGCAUCCCGGGUCGGUUACUAGGCACUACGGUGUUGUGGAUCCGAAAAUACGCGAUAAGAAGAGGAGGAAAAAGUAACCACUGCAGAUUUGAAGGAUCGUUUUGUUAAACCCAAUGAGAUGUUUAUAUCAAUAAAACAAAAAACCAAUUGA